AUGUCGGCCUCGCUCUUCGACGUCCUGCGCGCAUAUGCGACCUUGCAGCCUCCGAAGGGCAUAGAGAAGCCAGACGUGCCUUUCGCCGCAGCGCACGAGUUCCUGCUCAAACAUCUGCUCCUGAACCCCCACUUUGACAACUAUCCGCCCUCAAGACAGUACCAGAUCAAAUUCUGGAAAUGGGCGAUCGAAUGGCUAGAAAGCCUGAUGUCAGACGAGGCACGAGGCCCUCUCAUUCGCUUCUGUACCCCGCCUGAUAGCCUCGACGAGCGCAUGUACACACACCAUGUCGAGUUGAUGUCGGAGGAAGCCAUAGCCAAAGGCGCAGGGUCGGCAGGGCCGACGCCGUCGUACAUGACAUACCUAUGGCCUUCGGGGGACUCCGCGUCCGUCGGAAGGCCCGUCUAUCCCGGCUGCGCUAGCGCGACGUUGCUCGAGUCGCGCACGAUCACCGAGGGCGGGACGACAGGCUUGAGAACCUGGUCGGCGAGCCUGAUCCUGGGGCAGCACAUGCUCUCCCACCCAGAGCUCGUAAAAGGGAAGAGAGUCCUCGAGCUAGGGUGCGGUUCUGGCUUCCUGGGGGUCGUGACCGGCUCCAUCCACGCCUCAGCGGACGGUUCGUCGCUAUGGCUCACGGAUAUGAAUGAGUCGGUGCUCCAACGCUGCAAAGUCAAUAUGAGGUUGUUCUGUAAUCAGUCCCAUACACAUCCAGACCUCAACUUCGAAUUACUGGACUGGUCCGACGCACUCAGUCCUCGCAAACGGCCUGCAUUGGAGGCAUUCUUCCGCCGAGCUCGACCCGACCUCGUGUUGGGAGCUGAUUUGGCGUAUGAUCCCUCCAUCAUUCCCCCGUUGGUCAAUAUUUUGGCAGCUGCCCUUCAGAGUGGAGACGGGGGUCCGGGACCGACCGCGUACAUCGCGGUGACUGUGCGCAACGAAGAAACACACUCAGAUUUCCUCCGCCAGGCCAAACAGCUGCUUUCAGUCGAGGACACACACACAUUCACGGUCGCGGAGAACAUCUUCACGAGGACCGCCGAGCUCGGCCAGGACGCGUCCCAAGCAAUCAGACUAUACAAGUUCGGACGCAAACCGUAACACGUACGACGAUGUAACGGGCUAGACAAUCACGCUACUACCCACCUUCAGGGCUCGCAGUCGGCCCACUCCUCGAGUUCGGGAUCCGACAGCCAGUCCACGAUCUGACGAAGGCGCCCCCCUUCUACCAGCGCGCGCCAGUACUCUGCGUCCCUGUCUUUCACGUACUGACGUCCAUAUCGAUCGUCAGCACAGAAAUGUGAAUAAAAACCUAGGAUGGAACCGACCUUAGCAAACGCGUCCCGCAGCCGCGCAGCGUCUCCCGGCGACGCCAGCCAAUACUUCGCCAUCGUGCCGCCCGCCCCCUCGCGCGGGUCGAGCGCGCCGUCGUACCGGAUCCACCGCGGGUACUGCGCCGCGAGGACCGCAGGGAGGACGGAGUGGAACUCCCAGUCGACGAUCCCCGCCACCUCGCCCUGCGCGCCGACGAGGACGUUCGUCUCGUUGAGGUCUUCGUGGACGAGGAUGCUCCUGCGAAACGGGCUUUCUGCCACGCGCGAGCAGGCCCCAGGGAGCAGCGCGGCGACGCGGUCGAUGGCGGCGCUCGCCCCAGGGGAGAGGGGCGCGGCUCGCCGUCUCUGCUCGACGAGCGCGUGCGCGAACUCCUCGAGGGUGGCGUAGACCUUGUCGGCGCAAUAGCUCUCCCUGAUCACGGCCCGCGGAGUGACGUCCAGAGCGUCGCCGGCGGGGCAGAGGGUGCCGAUGCGGCCUUGAGGCACGUCCAGCCGGAACAGCGCCAGAGCGUGCUCGGCGUAAGACAGGACGGCGCGCUCCUGCGUCGCCGCGGCGAGAUGAGUCGAGGGCGCGGAGAUGAAGCGAGAAAGCGCGCGUGCUCGCCUUCAUGGAGUACGGCCAGUCCCCGAAGACGUUCAGGAUGCACUCGCCCGGCAUCCUCUCCAUCGCCACGAACGUCGCCCCGAAGUUGUAGAUCUUUGGCACGGGGACGGAGGAGUGCUCCCUGAGCCACCGCAUCACCCCGACCUCGCACUCGAACCUCUUCCGCGCGCGGUUCAUAUCGCGGGGCGCAGGGUGAUCGCUCAGCACGCGGACGAUCCUCCGCGCGCCAUCCGCGAACUCUAUGUCCAAAACCUCAACACAGACAGAGUGCGAACAUGCUUCGUGUGAGCUGCGAGCCUCGGGGGCGGUGACAGAGGGCGCACCAGGCUUCUGCUGGUGUCGAGUCCGCAGACGUCCAUCUGCCUCGCGUUGAUGGAGAGCGCGGCCUCGACGCGCUCUAGGGCAGCCCGGUAGGGCUCGUUGAGGGUUUCUCCGGGGAUCCAGUGGAGGAACGAGGAAGGGUAUGUCUCGAGUCGCACCGAGUUGCCGUCGCGAUCCCAGUAGGUGCAGAGAGGCAUCGUGUGUCGCCGGAGGAACAGAACAGGUAUUUUUGGGGAAUAGCAGAGGCAGCUAGUUGUACGCUCCUUGUUCUCUUAUUAGAGCGUGCUACGUCGUAUGAUGGGGAUCAAGCAUUGUGGCUGGUGGAGGCGUGUUUGGCAUGAGAUGGGCUUGUGUGGGUGCACGGCGGAUGCAAACGAGAGGAUGGGGAUCCGAACGCGGGGACGGACACGGGUGGCGGG